GUUCAAAGGUUAAAACGCAGGCAUUUGAAGAAGGAUUUCGGGCUAGUGAGGGCAUGACAACAAAAAUAGAAACUAAGCGACCAACAAAAAGUCUUACUUUGUGCUACUUGCCACACUUGUGGCCAAUUAGAGGAAGAACUACGAGAUAAGAUUGUUUUCGUAUCAUUGCUUAACCUGGUUGGACCACAUUAGCGACAUUCCUUACCAGCUGGUCAUUUUUAUUCUUGUAUAACUGCUGUCUUACUGCAGUUAUGUCUGGCUGGUUGAAGGACGGGGUGGUGCUGGAGGGGACAGGCAGUGGUCAGAUGCCGCCUCGCUCCAGUCUGUUGAGCCCCUUACCGAAUCGCACAGCGAGGUUACACUCGUCCAACGAUGCGACCUCUCCUGACUCAGACAGAAUGAGCAAAGCUAAAGAGCUCUUUGAGCUGUGUGAUAAAGAGGGGAAAGGAUUCAUCACGAAGAGAGACAUGCAGAGACUUCAGCAAGAGCUUCCUCUGUCUCCUGAGCAACUGGAAUCAGUGUUUGAGAGUUUAGACAGAGACAGAAAUGGUUACCUCACACCCCUUGAGUUCCACACGGGCCUCGGAGAGCUUGUUGGUUCUGGGCCGGAGGAGAGAACGGAGAGCAGAGGUGGAGAGAUGGUCAGAGAGGAGAGAAUAGAGCCGAUGCAGAUCCGAUUCACACACAUCCUCAUGGAGCUGGGAGCUGAUAAACUCUUCAAAGAUCAGUGGGAGCUGUGUACUCUGUGGUGUGAGCUCCAGAGGGACAAACCUGAGCUGCUGGGUGUUUUGGAAGAGGUUCUUUCCUACACUGUGUCUCAUCUUCAGGAUGCACUCAAAGAGAGAGACAAUUUAGAACAGGCACUGUGCAGGAGAGAGGAAGAUCAUGACAGAGUGGUUCGGUCCAUGUAUGAAGACAUGGAGAGUCAGUUAAAAGAAGAGAGAGAGAAAAGACAAGCUCUGGACAGCAUGAGGCAAGGAGACAAGAAAGAGCAGCUACUACAGGAACUGAAGAUGCGAGAACAAGAACUUGAGUUCACACUCACCAAACAGAGAGAGUUGGAGAGCAGGAUCAACAGUCUAAGCAGCGAUCAGACUGACACUCGUGGGGAGAACCGCCGACUGCAGAACAUCAACCAGCAGCUGCAGGACCAACUGGACAAGAGCCGAGAGGAGCUCCAGCACGCUCUGAGUCAACUACAACAACUACAGAACACCAUUAAACAACAGCAGAAGGGCAAAGAGAGAGACGUCAUGAAAGUGUCCCGAAACAUGCAGAAGGAACGGGAAAGCCUCAUGAGACAGCUGGAUCUUCUCCGAGACAUGAACAAGCGUCUUCGGGAUGAUAAAGAUGCCCAUCAGACACAGAAGAUGACAGCUCAAAUGAAGAACGCUUUGCAAAGGAAGGAAUCCAUACUGGGGAACUAUUUUCCACCGAGGAAAUCCGCACAAAGGCAGUUGAUGGAAAACCCAGAUGACGAGUCUGAGGAUUCAGACAGCUCACUAACAGAUUCAAGUCCGAAAAGACUCUCUAUAGCUGAAGAGAGAGAAGACAAAACUACCUGCCAGUCAGAGAAAACCACGAGCACAUUGCAUGACCCUGAGCGUGUGUUUAAGGUGGUGUUUUUGGGGAACUCUGCAGUGGGAAAGAGCUCAUUCAUCCAUCACUACUGCAGCGGCCACUUCCCCAAUAACUUGGCCUCAACUGUGGGAAUGGAUUUUCAGGUCAGGAGCGUGAUGCUUGAUUCAACACCAGUCGCUCUGCAGCUGUGGGACACCGCAGGGCAGGAGAGGUUUCACAGCAUCACGCAGCAAUACUUCCGAAGGGCUGACGGAAUCAUCGCCAUGUAUGACCUCACGCAUGAGGCGUCUUUCACGGCCGUCUGCCAUUGGCUGGAUCAGGUGCAGGAAAAUAUGGCUGAGGGGGCGUGUCUGAUGUUGCUAGGCAAUAAGACAGACCUGGUGAGUGCAGACAGGAGAGAGGUGACAAGAGCACAAGGCCGCAGACUGGCGGAGCAGUACCAGGCUGUGUUCUAUGAAUGCAGUGCUAAGAGUGGACAGCAGGUGGAGGAGGCCAUGACCCAUCUGACCAGGUUACUUGCCUCACAGGAGGACAAGCAGUGCGAGUCUGUGCUGCGUCUGGACGUCUCAGCCAACAGAGGGCGCUGCUGCAAAUAAUUCAGAUUCAGAAUUCAGCGACGACUUGACUCAUGAAUAUUAAUUACGUCACUUGACGCACAAAGAAUUUAAUAAACAACUUAUGAAUAUUCAUAAGCUAAAGGAUUCGUAGUGGGUAGUCCACCUUUGAACAUCAGCUAAAAUUAAUAACCACUUUUCAGCAAGGUAAAAAUGAAUAAAACACUAUCGGGAACAGUGCUACGAUCAUUUUAGCAUUACUACACAAUCCAACUGGUGAUCAAACCUAUAUGUGUGGUACACUUUUAAAUCUUCUUUAUACUCAAAUACAUUUAUCAUUAGUGUAAUGUUAAAAAGUAAUGCCUGCAUGAGUAUUUUCAUAAUAAUUAUUAAUAUUAAUUUGUGGACUUGGACAAAUAUUGCCAUUUUUGGGAACACAAAAUUACAUGUUAUGUUUACAU